AUGGCGACGGGCCCGGCUACUCAAUCGCUGAAGUGCGUGGUGACAGGUGACGGUGCCGUGGGCAAAGUCAGUAUUGAACCCACCCCCCGACAUCCCCCAAGGCCUACCAAGUCUCUCCCCUCCGAACGAAACACGAAUGCCGCGACGCACUUUGACAACUACACGGCCAGCGUGAUGGUCGACGGCCGGCCGAUCAGCUUGGGACUGUGGGAUACCGCCGGACAAGAAGAUUACGACCGCCUCAGGCCGCUAUCCUACCCGCAAACCGACGUCUUCUUGAUCUGCUUCUCGAUUGUCAGCCCGCCAUCCUUCGAUAACGUCAAAGCCAAGGUACGCCCCGACACGCACCCCGACACCGCAUGGACCCAGCGAUUUCCUGUUUUCCCCUGGCGCCGGCGGCCUCGGCUGCACGGUGCGUUGUGGUUCCCCGAAAUCGAACACCACGCCCCCAGCGUCCCCAUCAUCCUGGUCGGCACAAAGCUCGACCUGCGCGACGACCGUGCCACCACCGACGCUCUCCGCUCCCGAAAGAUGGAGCCCGUCUCGUACGAGCAGGCCUUGGCUGUGGCCAAGGAGAUCCGCGCACACAAGUACCUCGAAUGCUCCGCCCUGACCCAGCGCAACCUGAAGAGCGUGUUUGACGAGGCCAUCCGGGCUGUUCUCAACCCCCGUCCCCUCGCCAAGUCCGGGAGGAAGAACCGAUGCCAGAUCUUGUAG